CCAUGCUCCGCCUGGGCCCCGCGCUCCUGGCCCGCCUGGCCCGCGCCCAGCCCCGCGCCCCGCCGCGGCGGUGCGGGGCGGCGGCAGCAGCGGGCGGUGGCGAGGAGCAGGAGCGCUUCGUCUUCCUCGAGUACGAGCCGGACCCGGCUGAGAGGGCGGCGGCGGCGGCGGCGGCGCUGCGCCGGGAGCGGGAGCCGAAGCCGCGGCGGGGGCGCGGCGCAGCGGCGGCAGUACCGAGCCUGUCCGACCCGUCGGUGCCGCCGAGCGGCGUGAGCUGCUCGGGCUGCGGGGCCGAGCUGCAGUGCGGGGAUGGCGGCGCGCCGGGCUUCGUGCCGGCCGAGAAGUACCGCAGCCUCCUGUCCGAGGGCCCCGCGGCGCUGCGCGGCGCCGUGUGCCAGCGGUGCUGGGCGCUGGCGCACCACGGGAGCGCCCUGCGGCUGCGGCUGCCGCCCGACGAGCACCGCCGCGUGCUGAGCGCGGCCCUGCGCCGCCCGCCGCGCCACGGCCGCGGGCCGCUGCUGCUCUACGUGCUGGACGUGAUGGAGCUGCCCGACCCGGUGCUGCCGCAGCUGCCGGCGCUGCUGGGCCCCGACGUCCCCGCCGCGGGCGUGCUGGUGGUGGGCAACAAGGUGGACCUGCUGCCCGCGGACUGCCGCGGGCACCUGGGGCGGCUGCGGGAGCGGGUGGCGGCGGCCUGCGCCCGGGCCGGGCUGCGGGGAGCCGCGCUGGUGGAUAUCCGCCUGCUGAGCGCCAAGACGGGCUUCGGUGUGGAGGGGCUGGUCAGCCGGCUGCAGCGCUCCUGGAAGUGUGCUGGCGAUGUCUACCUGCUGGGUGCUACUAACUCUGGCAAGUCUACUCUCUUCAACACCCUGCUGCGCUCCGACUACUGCAAGUCCCGCGCCCCCGACAUCAUCGACAGGGCCACCGUGUCCCCGUGGCCAGGAACAACACUGAACCUGUUGAAAUUUCCAAUUAUUAACCCUACGUGUGACAGGAUAUUCCGAAGGCAGGAGAGGCUAAAACAAGAGGCAACAAAAACAGAAGAUCAGCUAAGCAGUGAAGAAAAAAACCACCUUAAUCAACUUAAAAAGCAAGGUUACGUAGUGGGAAGAGUUGGAAGAACAUUUCAACAGCAGAAGUCUUGCUCUGAGAUUGACUUCGACCCUGACAUGCUCUCCUACAGCAUGGAUGAAGAUCCCAGAGAUCCCCCUAAGAUGCAUGAGGAAAGGGAGGAGUUCACACACAAUGAAGUGAAAGAUGCUCGAUGGUGUUUUGACACUCCAGGAAUUGUAAAGGAAGACUGUGUUUUAAAUCUCCUGACAGAGAAGGAAGUAAAGCUGGUUUUGCCAUCACAUGCCAUUGUUCCACGGACCUUCAUUCUCAAGCCAGGAAUGGUCUUAUUUCUAGCAGCCUUGGGACGUAUAGACUACUUAGAGGGGGAUAAGCCUGCCUGGUUUUCUGUCUUGGCUUCCAAUCUGUUGCCAGUCCACGUAACUAUGCUGAGUAAUGCUGAUGCUGUCUAUGAGAAGCACACAGCCCAAGAGUUCCUAAAGGUUCCCAUGGGUGGGGAAGAGAGAAUGAAAGAGUUCCCCCCACUUGUCCCGCAGGACAUUACACUGAAGGGAAUUGAUACCACUGAGGCAGUUGCAGAUAUCAAGCUUUCCUCUGCAGGCUGGGUGGCAGUGACGGCUCACGCGGAAGAGGAAUUGCUGCUCCGAGCCUACACUCCCAAGGGCACUGCGCUGGUGGUGCGGGAGCCUCCGCUUUUGCCUUACAUCAGUAGCAUCAGAGGGGCACGGAUCCCAGGCACUCCUGCCUACAGGACCAAAAAGCCUCCCUCCUUUGUGGAAAACCUAAGAACUGGGGGAAGCAGAUAGUGUUUCUCAUCAUCUGAGCAAGGCAGAAGACAGAACAGCCCCUGGAGAACCUUGUGGCUUAUUGGUAUUCAGAAAACCUUGGACUUGUUCUUAAAGGCCAGCAGAUACAUUUUGGAAAGCUGGGUGGGAGCUCUGCAAGUCCACAUCUGAUCCAGCAGAAUGAACUGCAGCCCUUUGGAAUGAACUGAGGGGCUGGGACCUUGCUGUGGGAGGGAAAAGAGCUUCUCCUUGGGAUCUGCAUCAAUGGGCAGAUCCCUUUACCUGUCCCCUCUUGAAAUACAGGGUGGAAACUCA